AUGGUAGUCUUCCACGUUCAACAGUUGUUUGAACCCGAAGCAGGAGAACACCAAGUUGAAGGACUACUCUUUCAUAAAUUCUAUUUUGAACCAGCAAACAAUAACACUCUUUUUACACCCCAGGCAGCAGUCACGAAUCCCCCUAUACACACCACCUUAAUAGACCCACGAGUCCGUAUCCUAGCACCCGGAGCUGCAUGCAUCAGUUAUGUUAGACUGACACAAUCUGUAACUCGAGACGGUCAAGCCUUUACAAAAAGCUCUCAAGAAACCAGAGUGUGGUCUAGAGACAGUAUUGAUGGAACGUGGAGGAAUGUUCACUUUCAUCGCAGUGGUUUUCCAUCUGCGCCAAGAACCUAA